AUGAACAACUUGGAUCAAUAUAAUGACAAAUUUUCCUCCCUGAAUUAUCGCUAUAUGGAAGAUGAUGUCUAUAAUCGUUAUCCUUCACCAGGACUAGAAAUCGAAACACCUCCAUUCCAAGAUAAGCCUUGGCAGUACGCCCGAAAUAGAGAUGAUAUGUUUCAUGGAGUAGCAGAUAUCAAUGUUCAGGACUAUUCAGCAGAAGAAAAGGCACUUGUUCGAAAAAUUGAUUUACUUGUGCUGCCAAUUAUUUGUACUCUUGAUUUUUUACAGUUUUUGGAUAAAUCAACAAUUAAUUAUGCUGCCUUAAUGUCAUUCAAAGCAGAUUUAAACCUUCAAGGUUCUCAAUACAGUUUACUCGGUACAAUGUUUUACUUGGGCUAUUUCAUUUAUCAACUUCCCAACAAUUUCCUGUUGCAGCGUAUUCCAAUUGCUAGAUAUAUUGGAGUCCUCGUUAUUCUGUGGGGUCUUGUCUUGCUUUGCACUGCUUUCGUAACAAACUUUUCACAAGUUGCCGCAUUGAGAUUUUUACUUGGAUUCUUUGAAGCCGGAAUUUAUCCUUGCUUGACCUUACUUAUCAGUACGUUCUACAGACGUGCUGAACAAGUCGUACGCCUCGGCGCCUUUUGGAUUUGCAACGGCUUUGCUCUCUUUACAGGAGGAUUAGUCGCAUAUGGUAUUGGGCAUAUGGCAAAUAUUGCCGGGCUCAAAGCAUGGCAGUGGUUAAUGAUCAUUCUUGGUAGCGCGACUAUUCUUAUGGGAAUCAUCACUUUCCUCUUCUUAAUCGAUACACCUAAAUCACCCGCGCUUCAAUUAAAUGCUGAACAAGAACUCUUGGUAGAAGAAAGAACAAAAGAUAAUGCUACUGUACGUACAACAGAAAUUAAACGAGAACAGAUUAUGGAAGCUAUCAAGGAAAUCCGUUUCUGGUGCUACUCAUUUGCUUGCUUGUUAAUCAAUCUUCAAAAUGGCGCCAUGACUAUUUAUAAUGGCCAGAUUGCACAAAGCUUUGGUUUUAAUCAAUUACAAUCAAUGUUACUCACCGCUGGUGCUGGUGGUUCCACAGUUGUCUUUAUUGUCAUUGCUAUUGUCGCCGUGCGAAAGACUCAGCAGACCAUUUACACAGCCUGUGCUCUGACAGCAGUCAAUAUCAUCGGCCUGAUCCUCCUGCUUGUCAUCCCUAUAACUCAGCUCAAGCUAAUUGGUUUCUAUCUGGCUUGGUCCUACUGUAGUGUCUAUGUACUGUUGAUUACCUCUGUUUCCAAUAAUGUGACUGGUUACACGAAGAAAAUCUUUUAUAACGGAGUUCUUAUGCUGUUCUAUACCAUUGGCAAUGCUGUGGGUCCUCUCAUGAUGGUUAAGCCUCCGUUUAUUGAGGGCAUGCUCGGAUACCUUGUGGCAAAUUGUCUCGUGUUUAUUCUCUUUUUGGUUGCUCGAUGGCGAAUGGCCGUCGCCAACAGUCGCAGACUUCUUUUGAUGGGACAUUCCUCCAAUGUGAAUAUGGUGCCUGCUCAUACCUAUAUUCAAGAAGAUAUCAGUGAUGAGCAAGAUCAAUCAUUUAUCUACAUUUUAUAG